CAAUGAAGUGGUCGCUAGUUACUUAAAAGCGCCACGAAUUAAAAUCAAAUCAAACAGGUGCGCGAAAAGUCAAUGCUGGUCCAUUGGACAGAGGAAAAGACCAGUGGUAAACAUCAAGAUGGAUUCCAUUAGCGACCUGUUAGAAGAUAUCGUGAAGGAAUGCGGUGGACUGGGGAAGUUUCAGGCCAUUCUAUUGGUCAUCAUGUUCGGGACAAAGGUCACAGUGACAUGGAGCAUGCUCAUGAUGACGUUCGGAGGCGCGACGCCCGAUUGGUGGUGCAACAUGCAUAAUGUGACGUCAUCAUCUGGUCAGAACAAGAUGUCCAAUUUUUCGACUAUGCAGUUACUGAAACAAUGUGCGCCACCUGCAAACAUUUCCGGUUCCUGUGACUCGCGCAGCUAUUCCUCAGACAUGAAUACUCUUGUCAGUGAGUUUGAAUUAAUCUGCGACAAAGACUGGAUUGCCUCCACCAUCACCACCAUACAAAUGGCGGGCCUCCUCAUCAGCUCCCCAGUCGCCGGACAAAUGGCGGAUUCCCUGGGCCGGAAGCCCGCUUUCUUCCUCUCUCUUCUGGUCCUGACCGUCUGCAAUCUUAUCGCAGCCUUCUCCGUUUCCUGGGAGAUGUUUGCUGCCUGUCGAUUUUUGAUUGGGUUCGGAUGCGGGAUGUAUCUCACGACGUUCUAUUCCUUCAUGCAAGAGUUCGUUCCCACGAGGUGGCGCUCUAUGACGGCGGCGGUUCCGGGAUGGGCCAUUUUUGCGGCGCUUUAUGGUUUGUUUUCAUGGUGGCUUCAUGACUGGGAAUACCUUCACUACGCCACGGCUAUCAUCACUGCGCCAUUUCUUUUAGGAAUAUUCAUUUUGCCGGAGAGUUUCCGAUGGCUGGUUUCUAACAACAAGGUGGCAGACGCAGAGAAAGUUAUCAAACACAUAGCCAAGAUAAACGGCCGAGAGACUCCGAAAUCUUGUAUAGAUAGACUGAACAACAUUGUAAAAACUGAAGAUCUGACAACAAAAGUAAAAACGCACACUCUAAUAGACGUAUUAAAAAGUAGAGAUCUUCUGAAGAAAUCGUUUUUCCUUUGGACUAGCUGGAUGGCUUGCGGUUAUGCAUACUACGCUAUUUCAUUUGGGGUGGAGCAACUCUCGGGCAGCAUCUAUCUAAACAUGUUUCUCCUGAGUAUUGUCGAGAUCCCCGCAACUCUACUGACUUGGUGGUUGAACAACUGCAUUGGCCGACGGUGGACGUGCUUCCUGUUUUUCGUCAUCGCUACAGUGGGCGGGGCUUUGGUAGGAACAGUCCAAGUCAUGGACCCCCCUGAUGCAGCCGAGAUAAUCAACGUCGCAGCACUGAUUGCAAAAAUGGGCGUGUCCGCGGGAUGGGCUUCGCUAAUCACGUUCACGACAGAGAGUUAUCCCACAGUAGUAAGAAAUAUUGGCUAUGGCUGGGCGAACUCUUCAGCAAGAAUUGGAGCGAUGAUAGCCCCACAGAUUGUCCACGUGAGCAAACACACCCCGGGAGUGAUGUAUUACAUCUGUAGCGGGUGCAUGCUGGUCUCCGCCGUAUUUUGUCUCCUACUUCCGGAGACCAAAGGGAAAGCACUCGAAAAUAUGAUAGCGAAGAAAACGAGCUCAAAGAGUGGCAAUGGCGGAACUAAUAAUGACCAUAGCAAAAAAUACGAAGUUUACGAUCUAGAAAAGUAUUAAAAUUUCAAAGGAAUGUUUUGAAAUGUGUUUUUAUACAUAUAUGACUUAUUAUUUUAACAAAUAUAUAAACUAUAAUAUCCCUUUUGAAUGUUCUUAAUAAAUUUCAUCUGUGAAAAAAAA